AGUUUGAACGGCAAAAGUGAACGGGAGCUUCGUCUCAGCGGACUCGAGUCGUGCGCUUGCUUCACUUUUUUUCUCUGCCUCUCUCUCUCCCGCUCUCUCAGGUCGAAACUAACCACGACACAAGUGGCAGCUUUUGCAACAGGGGGUUUUAAGGAUAUUACAAUCUUCCUAAGCAUGCCGAGCCCUGCUCGCUGCUCGUAAAUCCGCCUCAGUUUAGCUUCGCACCGCCACAUGCCUGACGGCGGAUGCAAGAGCGCGGCGCGGCGCUAUAAGAGACAGCGAAGAAUGAAUCAAACGCGAGUUUUGUAACGCACCCGGACGACUUUUUCUAUCGUUUUUUCUAUUCAGAUGACCGCAAGAUGAAAUAAUCGCUCCUCUCGGCGCUUCAUCACCACAGUUUCACUCAUGGCUCUGUGAAAUCUCCGCGUACUUCCAUCCAUCCGUCGUCGGGACUUUUCUCUAAGGCUGCACUUGAUGAUAAUGCCGAAAGUUUGGAUAUACGGCUUUAACAGUACAGUACAGUAGAUGUGUGUAACUCGAGGCGGGGUUAAAGUUCAGCUCUAUGGAGCGCUGAAGCGUCGCGCGCACUUCGCAGAGUUGGAAAUGUGAAAGCAAGAAGCAAGGCUUUAUUUUCCCUCUCUCCCUUCUUCUCUGUCUCUCUUUUUUUUCUCUUUUCAUACACACAUAUACAUACACACCCCAUACAUUCACACAUACACACCCUCACUCACACACACGCACACACACACACAACAUAUACAUCGCCAGUUCAAGAGUUAAAACCGACAGAUAUGUAUUCUCCGCUAUGCCUAACACAGGAUGAAUUCCAUCCUUUCAUUGAAGCACUGCUGCCCCAUGUGAGAGCAUUUGCCUACACUUGGUUCAACUUGCAGGCCCGCAAGAGAAAAUACUUCAAGAAGCACGAGAAGCGCAUGUCUAAGGAAGAGGAGCGAGCUGUAAAGGACGAGCUGCUUAGCGAGAAGCCGGAGGUCAAGCAGAAGUGGGCAUCGCGGCUGCUGGCCAAACUCCGCAAGGACAUCCGGCCGGAGUUCCGCGAGGAUUUUGUGCUCUCUGUCACCGGGAAGAAGCCCCCUAGCUGUGUGCUCGCCAACCCCGACCAGAAGGGCAAGAUGAGGAGAAUCGACUGCCUGCGUCAGGCGGACAAAGUGUGGCGCUUGGACCUGGUCAUGGUGAUUUUAUUCAAAGGUAUUCCGCUUGAAAGUACUGACGGCGAAAGGCUGGUUAAGUCUCCGCAGUGCUCGAAUCCGGGGCUGUGUGUGCAGCCGCAUCACAUAGGAGUUUCCGUAAAGGAGCUCGACCUGUACUUGGCCUACUUUGUGCAUGCAGAAGCGGGGCAGUCUGAAAGUCCGAACCAGCCCAGUGAAGGCGACAUCAAGGACCAGCCAGAAAAUGGGCACCUUGGCUUCCAGGACAGUUUCGUCACAUCAGGUGUCUUCACCGUCUCUGAGCUUGUGCGAGUCUCACAGACCCCCAUCGCGGCAGGAACGGGGCCCAACUUUUCAUUGGCAGACUUGGACAGCUCUUCCUACUACAGUAUGAGCCCUGGGGCCAUGAGGCGCCCCCUACCCAGCACUUCUUCUAGCAGUUCUGCAAAGCGUAUCAAAUGCAUGGAGGAUGAGGUGGACAGCCCGGGAGAGGAGUCCUACUACCCAGGUCAGGGACGCUCGCCUGGAAGCGGCAGCCAAGCCAGCAGCUGGCAUGAAGUAGAGCCAGCUGGAUAUAAACUGCGUGGCUCGCUAGCUAGUUCGUUCAUCUCAAGACAAGGGAUGCCAUCGCCUACCACAUUAAAGAAGUCAGAGAAGUCUGGUUUCAGCAGCCUUGUGCCUUCGCAGACCGCUUCCCCUCGAACGGCAUUCACACACCAUCAUCGACCUGUCAUUACAGGACCCAGAGCGAGUCCUCACGCCACGCCGUCAAGUCUUCAUUUCCCGACGUCGCCAAUCAUCCAGCAGCCUGGCUCGUACUUCCCCCACCACGCCAUCCGCUACCACCCCCAGGAGACGCUCAAGGAGUUUGUCCAACUUGUCUGCCCUGACAGUGGUCAGCAAGCUGGACAGGUGGGCUUCCUUAAUCCAAACGGGAGCAGUCAAGGGAAGGUGCACAACCCGUUUCUGCCCACCCCCAUGUUGCCGCCUCCUCCGCCUCCCCCGAUGGCGCGACCCGUGCCCCUGCCCGUGCCAGACUCCAAACCUCCCUCCACCUCCACCGAGGGAGGCGGCAACUCCCCCACCUCGCCAACCUACUCCACACCGAGCACGUCUCCUGCUCAGCGCUUUGUCAGCGUGGGCCCCAGAGACCCCAGCUUUGUAAAUAUCCCUCAGCAGCCUCAGUGGUACCUGGGCUAAAGACUCCCGACACGGACCGGCCGCUCCCGAGGUCACACGACCACCCCCUCUGUCUCCCCUGAGUACGACCCGCAAACAUGUACACCAGUCUGAACAGAGAGAAGCCACUUGCUGCCCCAGUACCGGACAGACCCACAGCAUGGCUCCAGCAGAACCCCGCCAAGCCCUGGAACAAGAGGAACCGACUCAACGCGCUUACACCCACUUACUAUAUAUCUAUAUAGUCCAUAUGUAUUCUUCCAUAUGUAUGGUUUACAUGCCUAUAUUCAUAUAUAGUAGCUGUCCAGCUCUUCUGAGGGUGGAGCUCGAAAAAAAAAAAA